AUGCUCGACGGCCUGGCUCUUGCUGUCAUUGAAAAGCGAAGCCCCCCCCCUUCCUGGCAGAGCAGCUUCAGUCCUCCCCGCCCAAGACACACCCGCACACAGACAUCACCACCCUCUCCCCCCUUACACCUCCAGACACCACACACACACACACACACAGCAGCACCAGCGGACAGCGCCAAGAUGACCGUCCCGCCCACCACAAAGGCCAUCGUCAUCAAGAGCCCCGGCCACGCCGCCAUCGAGGAGGUGCCCACGCCCAGGCCGCGCGAGGGGUACAUGCUCGUGCGCACGCUCGCCGUGGCCGUCAACCCGACCGACUGGAAGCACGUGGACCUCGACCUGCCGGGCGUCAGCUUCGCGGGCGCCCACUCGGGCUGCGACUACGUCGGCAUCGUCGAGGAGGUGGGGCCCGACGCGGACGGGGACCUGCGGCCGGGCGACCGGGUCGCCGGGUUCGCGCACGGCGGCAACGCGAGCUGCCACGAGGACGGCGCGUUCGCGCACUACAUCGUCGCCAAGGCCGGGUGCGCCACGCGCUUGCCCGACGGCGUGAGCACGCCCGAGGCCGCGACGCUGGGCGUCGGCGUCGUGACCGUCGGCCAGGGCCUGUUCCAGGCCAUCGGCCUGCCGCUGCCGGACCCGGCGACGGCCGAGAUCCGGCCCGCGCGGCCCGCCGAGGACCCGACGAUCCUCAUCUGGGGCGGGUCGACGGCCACGGGCAUCCUGGGCGUGCAGUUCGCCAAGCUGGCCGGCUACCGCGUCCUCGCGACCUGCAGCCCGCGCAACUUUGACUACGUGCGGUCCCUCGGCGCCGACGCCGUGUUCGACUACGGCAGCCCGGACGUGGCGCGGGAGAUCCGCGAGGCGGCCGCCGCCGACGGGGGCAGCCGGGUGAGCGCGGCGUGGGACACGGUCGUCAGCGCCGACAGCCCGCGCCUGUGCGCCGAGAUCCUGGGCGCCGAGGGCGGCAGCUACGGGUGCCUGCUGCCCGUGCCGGACGCGGGCAAGGUGUUCGCCGUCGAGGGCGCCCGGCAGCCCAUCAAGGUGACGCACACGCUGGGCUACACGGGCAUCGGGGAGCACUUUGUCAAGUGGGCCGACUUCCCCGCCAGCAAGGAGGACUACGACUUUGCGCGCCGCUUCUGGGCCCUGGCGCGGGAGCUGCUGGCGGCGGGCAAGGUCAAGGCGGCGAGGCCGAUCGUCGACCGCGACGGCAAGUCCGGGCUCGAGGGCGUGAUGGCGGGCAUGCAGGAGCUCAAGGCCGGGAGGGUGAGCGGGGGCAAGCUGGUGUACACCAUGGCUUGA